AUGGAGGAACAUCGAAAGACCGCCGGGUACAGCUGUAAGUCCUGUACCAGGCCAGAUACCGAUGACGAAAAGUGGGUAGCUUGCGAUAGCUGCAAGCUCUGGGAGCACUUUACAUGCGCAGGAGUGGACGAUUCAGUGAAGAACCGGCUUUACUUGUGCAACGAGUGCCAAUCCAAGGAAGCUGUCCCUGCAGCAUCCUCGUCCCACAACUUCAAACCACCACCAUCAGAAGGUAGGUCGUUACGGUCAUCAACGGCCAGAUCUGGCCUGAAGCCGCUCAAUAAAGUUACACAACUGGCGUCGCAAUUCUCUCGAAGCGCAAACAGCACGACUUCGAGUACUCGCGCCGCUCGUCUGCAAGCUCAAAUGAAGCUGGUCGAAGAGGAGCAACUACUGAAAGAGCAAGAGUUGGAAGCCCAGGAAGCGAUGAGGAAAAAAGAGAUGGAAGAAGAGGAACGCCGACUGGAGGAGAGGAAAGCCCUCUUGGAAGAGGAAGCGAGGCUGCGGCAGCGGAAGCUACAAGAAGAAAAAGAAUUCCAGAAGAAGCAGCAAAUGAUCCGAAAGGAGUCUCUAGAGAAGAAGAACACCCUCGCACGACAGUUAAGCGAAUGCAGCAGCCGGGCUGCAUCAAUUCCCGAUUCCGAACAGCAAGUUGCCAUCUGGCUACAACAGUGCUCACCCGAUCCGCUCGUAGAAGAACUAGAUUCUUUGGCCAUUGGUUCUCGGACCCAGGAACCAUUGAUCAGGUCGAACCUGCUCCGUUCAGCAGGUGAUCAACGUCCAAUCGUAAUCGAUCCGGCACGCGUGACGCGUGAUGCACUUCAACAGCCGAUUCCACGAAACUCAAUAGAAGCUCCAGAAAAUCACCGAACGGAAGGUGUGCAGGACUGCUCUAGGAUUCGAGGCCAGGAAGCAUUAAGACACCAAAACGUGGUAAACCAAAGUCAAACGGACCGGCGAGUUGAUACUGAUUUUCACUCGUACUCCGCUAAUCGUCCAUUGCUCAAUACAGCAGACACCGGAAGAAGGUCUCCCGUAGUUACCGUUGGACCAGACAGGAACGAAUGUGAUCCGUGCUUGUUGCAGCAACCACACACGAACCCGGAAAUAGUGUCCCUUCCCGUGGUACUUAAUGCAAGCCAGUUAGCAUCCAGGCAGGUGAUGGGGAAAGAGUUGCCACCCUUCUCCGGAAAUCCCGAGGAUUGGCCGAUCUUCAUUUGCAGCUUUGAGCAUUCAACAGCGGCCUGUGGAUACACCGAUGCCGAAAAUCUCAUUCGGCUGCAGCGGUGUUUGAAGGGACACGCACUUGAAUCGGUGAGAAGCAGAUUACUUCUUCCUUCGAGUGUUCCACAGGUCAUUAACACGCUUCGUACGCUCUACGGUAGGCCAGAGCUGCUCAUACGAACACUUAUUGAGAAGGUGCGUUGUACUCCAUCUCCCAGGCACGAUCGCCUGGAGACGGUGGUCGAAUUCGGACUAGUCGUCCAAAAUCUAGUGGAUCAUCUGAAGGCGGCGAAGCAAUACACGCACUUGUCCAACCCGAUACUGAUGCAGGAGCUGGUGGAGAAGCUCCCUGGCUCGCUAAAAAUGGACUGGGCAAUCUAUCAAAGCAGGCAACCGUAUGCGAUGUUAGCAACCUUUGGUGACUUCAUGACAGGAUUAUUGGAAGCAGCAAGCCAGGUGACCUUCGAAAUUCCAAGUCAAAGUCGCAACAUCAGAGGUGAGCAACGGCGGCCCAAGGAAAAGGGCCUCUUAUAUGCGCAUUCGACAAUGUCAGGUUCUUCAUUAGAGCCAACUAAUUCAGUGUCAAAUCCAAGGAAGUCAGGUAAGCCAUGUGCAGCGUGCGAACGAGAAGGACAUCGGGUGGCGGAUUGUAACCAAUUCAAGUCUCUGAACAACGAUGAACGGUGGCAAGUCGUUCACCAAAGGGGACUGUGUUGCACGUGCUUGAAUGGGCACGGUAAGUGGCCGUGUCGAUCCUGGCAAGGAUGUGGGUUUGAAGGCUGUCGUGAAAAACACCAUACGCUUCUCCACCCAAAUGCAAUCCAACCCUCCAUCAAUGUCCCCGUCAACAAUAUAAUGCAAAAAGGUGUUUUCUCCCCCAUGUUCCGAGUCCUUCCGGUGGUACUGUAUGCAGGUGCCCUAAGGGAAAUCAUCUUUGCGUUCGUCGACGAAGGGUCAUCGACCACAUUUUUGGAAGAGGCAGUCGCCGAUCGUUUGGGUUUAUCUGGACCAGUCGAACCAUUGACGUUGCAAUGGACAGGUAACGUGACGCGAGAGGAGCAAAAGUCGCGACGUGUCCAAAUGGAAAUUUCUGGUGAGGAGAAUUUCAACCUUCAUAAACUAUGCGAGGUACGAACGGUCAGUUGUUUGGUUCUGCCCACACAGUCGAUGAAGUACAGCGAACUUUGCGUACGGUACCCUCACUUGCGUGGCCUUCCCCUGAAAGACUACGAAUCAAUCCAACCGAAGUUAUUGAUAGGAUUGGACAACCUUCGCCUGGUUGUUCCCUUAAAAGUUCGAGAAGGCGGACCUACCGAUCCGAUAGCAGCAAAGUGCCGGCUGGGUUGGAGCAUUUACGGAUGCGCGAAAGACACGUCAACGCCACGGGCUGUUGUUCAUUUCCACGCCGCUACACCAGCAGAUAGUGACCGCCAACUGAACGAUCAGCUUCGUGACUAUUUUGCGUUAGAGGAUGCUGGGAUUUGUGAAAAGAGGGAGCUAUUGGAAUCCAAUGAAGAGAAACGUGCAAGGGAAAUACUUCAACAAACGACAAGGCGCACGAAACAAGGAUUUGAAACUGGACUGCUGUGGCGGAAUGACGAUCCUGAUUUUCCAGACAGCUACCCAAUGGCAGUUCGUCGAUUGAAAGCAUUGGAGCGGAAAUUGGCAAAGGAUCCAUGGCUGCAAGAGCGGGUUUGCGAGCAGAUCUCUGAAUAUUUGCAAAAGGGAUACGCUCACAAAGCAACACCAUCGGAGCUGACCAACGCAGACCGCAAACGUGUAUGGUUUUUGCCAUUGAGUGUUGUUGUUCAUCCCAGAAAACCAAAUAAAGUACGGCUGGUAUGGGAUGCAGCUGCGACGGUGAAUGGAGUCUCCUUCAACUCAAAGCUGUUGAAAGGACCAGACCUUCUUACUCCGCUUCCAUCAGUUCUCAGCCGCUUCCGACAGUUCCCUGUAGCAAUCUGUGGUGACAUCAAAGAGAUGUUUCACCAGCUCUCGAUCCGCAAAGAAGAUCGCCUGGCGCAAUGUUUCCUUUGGCGAAACAAUCCAGCACAUCCUAUACAGGUCUUCGUGAUGGACGUAGCAACAUUUGGCGCAACCUGCUCGCCCGCCUCUGCGCAGUACAUUUCCAUCCUUGCAGAGGAGUUCGCUGUAAUCUACCCACGUGCGGCCGCCGCCAUAGUAAAAAACCAUUACGUCGACGAUUACUUGGAUAGUUUCAUCUCCGUCGAAGACGCUGUGGACGUAGUGAAGGAAGUGAAAUUGGUCCACUCGCUAGGUGGAUUCGAGAUCCGUGGUUUCCGUUCCAACUCUAUGGAUUUCCUUCGUGAAAUAGGGGAACCUGCAGCUUGUGAACCGAAGAAUCUAAUUUUGGAAAGAUGUUCUACUAUUGAGUCCGUACUGGGGAUGUCCUGGGAUCCAGCAACCGACUGUUUCUCUUACUCGUUUAAUCUGCGGGACGAUAUGCGUUCAAUACUCGACGAAGGGUACGUCCCUACGAAACGAGAGGUGCUCAAGGUCGUGAUGAGUCUUUUCGACCCACUUGGACUUGUCUCACACUUCCUCGUCCACGGGAAAGUCAUAAUUCAGGGUACAUGGGCUGCUGGAACUGGGUGGGACGAGCCAAUCAACAAAGACCUAAACCAAAAAUGGCGCCAGUGGGUUGAACUCUUUCCAAAGCUCAAUGAGCUGAAGAUAUCCAGAUGUUAUUUCUCCUCGUUCCCGUCCAGCAUCGAUGAUCUGCAAGUGCAUAUUUUUGUUGACGCCAGCGAUAUUGCUUACUCAUGUGUCGUAUAUUUCCGAUUACUACAUGAAGGCCGUGUCCAAACAGCGUUAGUAGGAGCAAAAAGUAAAGUGGCGCCAAUAAAGACACUGUCUACUCCACGGCUCGAGUUGAAGGCUGCCGUCCUUGGAGUACGAUUUGUAGCAGCCAUGCUCGAAUAUCAUUCCCUGCCGGUAUGCAGUCGAUUCUUCUGGAGCGACUCAUCUACAGUACUUGCGUGGAUCAGGUCCGAUCACCGAAAAUUCCAUAAGUUCGUGUCAGUGCGCGUAGGAGAAAUUCUAACCUUGAGCGAGCCACAAGAGUGGAGAUGGGUUCAAUCCAAGCUAAAUGUUUCUGACGAUGCGACUAAGUGGAAGGAUGGACCAAAUCUUGACUGCAAAAGCCCUUGGUUGAACGGACCCACAUUUCUACACCUUGAUGAAGCGGCAUGGCCAGAGCAACGGUUCGCGACUACAACACACGAGGAACUUCGGAUUGUGCAAACCCACUGGAACCGGGAGUUUGUUGUGGAUUAUUCUCGAUUCAACAACUGGACAAGACUGCAGCGCACAAUAGCAUACGUCAUCCGUUUCAUGAACAGCUUGCGACGAAGGAAUGUUGGGCAGAAUUUAAGACUGGAAACACUCACCCAAGAAGAGUUAUCGAGCGCGGAAGUUCUGCUGUGGAAGAUGGCACAGGAGGAAGUAUAUCCAGAGGAGCGAUCAGUGCUGAUAAAAACACUUGGUAUUCCAAAUUCUAAGCACGCUACAGUUCCUAGAACCAGCCCCAUCUACAAAACUUGGCCCUACAUGGAUGAUCAAGGAAUUUUGCGAAUGCGAGGUCGCAUAGAAGCAGCGAACUAUCUACCCUUCGGUGCGAGGUACCCUGUAAUUCUUCCGAAGCAACACCCAGUAACAACAUUGAUCGUCGGAUGGUUCCAUCGUCUUUACCGUCAUGCGAAUCGAGAGACGGUUAUUAAUGAACUUCGUCAACGUUUCGAGAUUGCGAACAUGAGAUCCAUCGUUCAAAAGGUCGCAAAGAAUUGCGCAUGGUGCAGAAUCAACAAAGCUUCUCCAAAACCACCGGUGAUGGCACCUCUCCCUAAGGAACGACUUGAGCCAUAUGUAAGACCCUUCACAUACGUCGGUCUGGACUACUUCGGACCGGUGCUUGUCAAAGUAGGCCGUAGUCAAGCAAAACGGUGGAUCGCACUCUUUACAUGCCUGUCCGUUCGUGCCGUUCACAUGGAAGUAGUGCACAGCCUGUCUACGGAAUCAUGCAUAAUGGCUAUUCGAAGAUUUGUAUCACGCCGAGGAUCACCUGCCGUAUUUUACUCGGAUAACGGCACCUGUUUUCAGGGUGCCAACAAACAACUAUUAGAGGAGAUUGCUGCAAGGAAUGAAGCAAUCGCUUGCACUUUCACGAACGCCGAUACAAAGUGGAAGUUCAUUCCACCUGCCACUCCACAUAUGGGUGGCGUGUGGGAACGCCUGGUCAGGUCGGUGAAGACAGCAAUCGGAUCGGCUCUGGAACAUCCUCGUAAACCGAACGACGAAACAUUAGAGACGAUCAUCUAUGAAGCUGAAGCAUUAGUGAACGCCAGGCCGCUCACAUAUAUUCCGUUAGAGUCAGCAGACCAAGAGUCGUUAACACCUAACCAUUUCCUUUUGGGUAGUUCUACGGGCAACAAAAUCGGAACAACUGAAGUGUCUGGAUACGCUACACUCCGUAGUAGCUGGAAAAUGGCUCAACAUAUCGUCGGAGAGUUUUGA